UCAGAACCCGAGCGAUCGAUCCGCCCACACGUCGGCCCUCCGACCACCACCAGUUUGACAGCGGCUGCGAGGAUAUGCAUCUCGAUCUUCCUUGGUCGGCGGAGCAGAGGAACUGGGCGGCGCUGCCCCGCGACGUGCUGUGUAUCAUCCUGAGCUUUGUCCCGCAGGCCGACAUCCUCCGCGGCGCCGGCUUCGUGUGCGCCUCGUGGCGGCGGCUAGCUCAGGAAGAGCCUCUUCUCUGGCGGCGCAUCGACCUCGCCGCCGCCACCGACGAGAACGAGGACGCCCCGGCGAGGUGGCAGGCGAUGGCGCGCGCCGCCGUGCUGCGCAGCGCCGGCCGCUGCGAGUCCUUCCGCGGCCGCGUCAACGGCAAGUUCCUGCUCUUCCUCGCCCACAGCGCGCCAUCGCUUCGGAGCAUCCACGUGACGAGCCGAUUUACCACGUCCAGCAACAAGCUCAUCAGGGUGGUGGCGAAGAAGCUCUCUCUGCUGGAGCAGCUCGUGCUGUCGGACGACGGCCUGAUCUACCGUGAAGCCUCGUUGGCCGCUUUCGUCGAACACUGCCCACGCGUCGAACUGCUCGACUCCGGCCGCUGUUUGCAUCUGAGCGACAGAACGCUGCGUACGAUGGUGGAGAGCAGCAUCAAGGAUCUCCGGCGGACGGGACGUUUCAGGGGGCCGUGA